GAGGGUAUUGGGCUUUUACUUUGAAACGAGCCAGGAGGCGCACAUGCGCAAUUGAGGAUGCCAAUAUGGCGGCCUCCUAGGAAUGAAUUUAUGCGAGUUAUUCAUGCUGUUUGACAAGACGCACAGGAAUCAGCGUGCACCCGACUUGUGCCGCGUUUCCACUCCUUUUUGAUAUGGCUUUCGUGGCAUUCUGAUGGACUCUCGUUUGGAUUAUCGUAUAAGGACUGGUCGUCGCACAGUUUGCCUUUCGCAUGGACUCUCGUUUGGAUUAUCGUAAAGACUGCUAGCUUGCAACCCUUGGAAAGUGGAGCGAGUUUCACGGUGCUGAGGAGCAACAAUAAAAGUUGAGAGAUGCACCCGUUUCGAGACUCCAAAGGCGUUUGAUUCCGAGGGCUGCUACAGUGAAACUCGACACAGUGGGCUCGAGUCAACCACCGCGCUCCGUCAGAACCAUUCACCGCGACCAGGACGUGCGAUUCUCCAUCCAUGGCCUACAGAUAAGUCCACGAGCAAAGACAUUUGCCAGUUUGCGUACUAUGACUGAAACACAGUGACGUUUUUAAAGGUGGACAUUGAACAUUUCUGAAAUAUUCGUUGGAGUUGUGUGCUAAUCAGUUUGUUGGGUUAUUCUUGAAACAUGAGAACUGCCUGCAAUAUUUAAGGAAUCAGGAAGGUGUGUGAAUGCAUUGUUGUAUUUUGUGUUUUUAAAGAAAGGAAACUAUUGACAAGUUAUUAAGUGAUGCCUUUGUGUUUGCUAUUGUGAUUUGCUACGUGCCUGGUUUGGUGGACCUGUGAAUAUAAAUGGUUUUAAAUUAAUGUACAUGAAAAUCAAAACUUGAAUACAUACAUACCUACACCACUUACCUGCUCAAUCAGACAUUCACACACACGCACUCAGCCAAUAUGUCAACCAAAGAUGCCGAAACAGUGGAGAUUCCCAGAGGUGCAGAUGAAACAUGUUUGCCCCGGCCUAACUCUCGGGAACAGUUGCCAACAGAUAAAGGACAAGUGUCACAUGAAGAGGCCACAAAGAAAAAUGAGAAAACAUCCAAUGCUACAACUAAAGAAACGGAUACACUGGAGAUCCCUAAGGAACCAGCAAAGGCAUGCUUGCCUCGUUCCAGUUCUCGGGAGCGAAAGUUGACCCCAAAGGGACAAGCAGUACAGGAAGAAUCUGCAAGGAAAAAUGAGAAAACAUUCAACGCUGCGUAUGAAGUGUGGCGAAAGACUGCCAAGGCCAUAAGAACACAGUUAAAGUCUUGGUGCUCAUAUGAAGAACUGGAGUCACUCAAAGCCAACAUUGGAUUUAAAUAUAAGGUAGUUGCUGAACGAUAUGAGGCUAUGCUGAGAAUCCAAAGUACACCUCCGGCCAUUGUAAAACGAAUGGAUGCAUGUGGAUCCAUAACAUCAGACAUCCGGGAACUUGUCACAAAACGACUUCAGAGCACACAUGAAUUCAAUGACAUUCUUGAAAAGGAAAGAGUGAGACAGAUAUUAAGUAAAGAAGAGUAUGGGUCAAUUUUUGGAGAAACCAACACGGAAACUGUGAUCUCUGAAUUACCUAAGGACUUGGAUAGAAAAUCUAUUGCCAGUUCAGUGGUGUCAAGCAAACGUGCUGAGGCUGAAGCGGAACUUGCUGUCAAGGCCGAGGAGGCAAAUGCCAUGCAAGAAGUCCAUGCUCAACAGACAAGACUGGAGGAACUGGAGCAGGAAUGGAAAACUAAGGAGGCUGAAAUGAAAUCAAAAAUAAAUAAAGAAAAAAUCAAGCUUCAACAGCUACGGGCUGACAGUGACGUGAAGGUAGCAGCGGCACGUGUAAAAGCCUACAAUGAUUGUGAAAACCUAAUUCGAGGUAGUGAACAACCACAAAUGUCAGAGAUCAGCCAAAAACAUACAAAACCUCCAUUGAAUGUGCAAGCCACACCUUUCCAGCCACAGCAUACACCACGAGGAAUAUUAACAAACCAGGCAGAGGUCAAUUUAGCACAAGAAAUUGCCAAUUCAUUCACUCUAAGUCGCCUACCCAUCCCAGAACCUGCGGUUUUCACUGGUGACCCUCUGAAGUUCAUUGAUUGGCAAUUAUCCUUCUACGCCCUAAUCGAUCAGAGGUCACUUCCUGUCGCGGAAAAAAUGCUCUAUUUGAAGAAUUACCUCGCAGGGGAAGCACGUAAGGCUGUGGAAGGAUUCUUUUAUCGAAACGCAGAGGACGCCUAUCAGGGCGCUUGGGCAGUGCUUCAAGAUCGUUAUGGGAGUCCAUUCAUUGUUCAAAAGGCCUUCAGAGACAAACUCGUAAGGUGGCCAAAGAUUGCAGCAAAUGACCCAAUAUCACUCAGAGAAUUUGCUGAUUUUCUCAAGGGAUGUGCUGAGGCUAUGCCACAUGUAAAGGGGUUAAGCAUUCUUGACGACUGUGAGGAGAACCACAGGCUGCUUAAGAAACUUCCCGAGUGGCUAGUUCGCAGAUGGAGUCGCACAGUUGUAGAAGAAUUGGAUAAGGGUGGAAAUUAUCCAAACUUUAAAUGCUUUGCGGAGUUCAUAGCCAAGGAAGCCCGCAUAGCAUGUAACCCCAUUGCGUCACCAUUCCUGUUGAACAUUAAAACAACAGAUGAGCGGAUGCCCCAGCGAGCCAAGUCCCUAAGCACAGUCACUCAAGCAAAGGACUCCUCCAUGGAGACGGAACAGUCGAAAACAUGGCCACCUUGUCUAUGCUGCCAGGAUGCAGCCCACGGCAUUGCUAGAUGCCCAAUCUUUACUGCAAAAUCCAUGGAUGAUAAAAGAGCAUUCAUUCAUGAAUAUCACCUCUGUUUUGGCUGCUUAAGAAAGGGACACAUUACUAAAGACUGUAAAAGACGCCAUAUUUGCAGCACGUGUGGGCGACGUCACCCUACAUGUCUGCACAUGGACAGGCAAGCAACUCCAAAUGAAAGCAUACCAGCUGACCCUGGGGCCACUGGGGGACAUUCAACCGAGGAAACUCAUAUUGUCAACUCACACGCCCUAACACGACAUGCUUCAGCUACUUCCAGCAUUGUCCCAGUUCUUGUAUCUUCCACAGCAGUACCAGGAAAGGAAAUUCUCACUUAUGCUUUGCUCGACACACAGAGUGAUUCCUCCUUUAUUUUGGAGGAGUUGGCCACUGAACUCGAUGCAAACGGACUCCCAGUGCAACUUAAGUUGAGCACCAUGACUGCUGCCAAUACAGUAAUAGCAAGUAAGGCUGUUGGUGGUCUACAGGUUCGGGGAUUGAACUCUGAGGUGUAUGUGAAAGUGGGACAAGCCUACACUCGAGACUUCAUUCCAGUCGAUAAGUCACAUAUUCCAACAACCAGCACUGCACUCCAGUGGCCACAUUUGAAGCACCUGAAGAGCAAGAUGGCACCUUUGCAGGACUGUGAAGUGGGUUUGCUUAUUGGGUAUGAUUGCCCAUCAGCACUAGCCCCACUGGAAGUCAUCGCAGGCGACGAACAUGAGCCCUUUGCUCAAAAAACUGCAUUAGGUUGGAGCAUCAUUGGAUCUGUGAAUCCUCAUUUAGACAGGCAGGGAAAUCAAAGUCAUGUCCAUCGAAUCUCAGUGAAAGAAAUCCCAGUGCCAUCUGCUCCAGAUGUGUUAAGGGUUUUAGAAUCUGAUUUCAAUGAAAAAACAUAUGAAGACAAGUUUGUGUCCCAAGAUGAUGUACAGUUUAUCCAGUUUCUUAGUGCCAAUAUUGAGCAGAAGGACAAUGGACAUUAUGAAAUGCCACUUCCCUUUAAGGGCACUGAAGCUCCAUGUCUACCAAAUAACAAGAGACUGGCCACCAUCAGACUGCAACAUCUAAAGAAAAGGCUGAAGGCAAACAAGCAGUAUUACAACCAAUACACAGCCUUUAUGAGCGAUAUGAUGGAAAGAGGUGAUGCAGAACUGGCCCCUACAGCUGCUGAGAAAGAGACAGUGUGGUACAUCCCACAUCAUGGUGUAUACCACCCUAAAAAACCAGGCAAACUUAGGGUUGUGUUUGAUUGCUCUGCCAAGUUUAAUGGUAUCUCAUUGAAUGACACAUUGCUAACAGGUCCUGAUUUGAUCAAUAACCUGGUGGGAGUGCUACUGCGUUUUAGAAAAGAUGCGGUUGCUGUGAUAUGUGACAUUGAGAAGAUGUUUCACCAGUUUUCUGUCACGCCUGAAUACCGUAAUUACCUGAAGUUCCUUUGGUGGGAGGGGGGCCAGUUGGAAGCAGAGCCUCAGGAAUACAGAAUGACUGUUCACCUUUUUGGUGCUGCCUCAUCUCCCGGUUGUGCCAAUUAUGGGCUCCGGUACCUAGCGCAGCAACACAAGACUGAGCAUCCUCUAGCAUCAGCCUUCAUAGAGAACAAUUUCUACGUCGAUGAUGGGCUGAUUAGUGUUCCAACAGAGGAGGAGGCCACAGAGCUCAUUGUGCAGGCACAACAACUUUGCAAGAGUAUAGGUCUGCGCCUGCAUAAGUUCAAUUCCAAUCGAAGAAAUGUACUUACCUGUGUAGCGCCAUCAGAAAGGGCAGAAACUACUGACACUUUAACACUCAAUCCAAGUGCUUUACCAGAAGGACACAUUCUAGGGAUCCAGUGGUCUAUGGAGACGGACACCUUCACCUUUAACAACGACACCAAAGACUACCCUUCAACUCGCCGUGGUAUCCUGUCAGCUGUUGCCUCUCUCUACGACCCACUUGGGUUUGUGGCUCCAUUCAGUUUGAAGGGAAAAUGUAUCCUGCAGGAGCUGUGCAACACAGGCGCUGGUUGGGAUGAUCCCAUUCCUGCAAGUUUGCAGCCACGGUGGGAGGAGUGGAAGAAUGAACGCAGAACAUUAAGGCAGAUUGUCAUACCCCGAUGUAAUGCUUCAAGCAACCUCAGUAAGAUUGUCAAAAUUGAGUUACACCACUUUGCGGAUGCCAGCAGUGCUGGAUAUGGUGCGUGCUCCUACUUAAGAUACAGAGACGAGAAGGGAAAGAUCCAUUGCAGCCUUGUAAUGGCAAAGGCAAGAGUUGCCCCACUGAAAGUCUUGAGCAUUCCGAGGUUGGAACUGUCGGCCGCCGUCACAGCUGCCAGAAUGAGUGUCAUGUUAAAGUCUGAAUUGCAAAUGAAAAUCGAUGAAGAAUUCUUUUGGACUGACUCUCAGGUGGUGUUGGCAUACAUCUCAAAUGAAGCACGUCGGUUUCAUGUGUUCGUGGCCAACCGUGUGCAACUGAUAAGAAGUAGUACAGACGCCAAACAAUGGCACUACAUUGACACGGCACAAAAUCCAGCCGACCUUGCCUCAAGAGGCGCUCACAUUGAAGAAAUCACAGCAUCUAACUGGCUAUGUGGACCCAAAUGUCUGUGGGAAAAGGACGUGCUCGUACCCCCUAAACUCUCAACAGACUUGCUUGUUGGAGACCCAGAAGUCAAAGCAAUCCAAGUGUUUGCUACGGAAGUCAGUAAAACGAGUGAUAUUCUGAGUCGUUUGGAACGAUUCUCUUCCUGGACAAAGCUCAUCAAGGUGAUUGCAAGAAUCAAGAGACUGGGAUCCAAGGAGACUUCGCCUCAUGGCAACUGUGUGUCUGUUGAAGAACGCAAGAGAGCUGCAGAGAUCGUGAUUGAAAUGACUCAACAACAAGCUUUCGCUCAGGAGAUAAAGACCCUCCAAGAAAGUUGCAAUGCAUGUGUCCCAAGCUCAAGCCCUCUGUUUUGCCUGGACCCCCUUUUAGAUGCAGGACUACUUCGUGUUGGUGGGAGGUUGAAAGAGUCAGACCUGAGCCUAGAGUUAAAGCAUCCCAUUAUCCUCCCAAAGGAUAGCCACAUCACUGAGUUGAUAAUAGCUCAUCAUCACGCCCAGAUUCACCAUCAGGGGCGUAAUCAGACAUUACUGGAGCUAAGAAGCAAUGGCUUUUGGAUCCAAGGUGGGAGUAAGACUGUAUCCAACUUCAUUCACAGAUGUGUAAAAUGCAGAAGGCUUAGGCGUCCUGUAGAGGAACAAAGGAUGGCUGACCUCCCCAAAGAGCGCUGCCAAGCCUCCGCCCCUUUCACCUUUUGUGGAAUGGACUGUUUCGGCCCGUUUGUUGUUAAAAAGGGUCGGAAGGAGCACAAGCGCUAUGGGCUCAUUCUCACCUGUUUGUAUUCACGUGCAGUCCACCUUGAAAUGCUGGAAGACCUGUCCACGGACUGCCUUAUCAAUGCGUUAAGAUGUUUUAUCAGUCUGAGAGGAGCAGUCAGUCAGUUGUACUGUGAUCAAGGCACAAAUUUUGUCGGAGCCAAAAAUGAGCUUAAAGAAGCCCUAAAGCAAUGUGACCCAAAGACACUAGAAGCUUUCUUGGCAGAUAAGCAAUGCAAUUUUGUGUUCAAUGCUCCCUCUGCUAGUCAUGCAGGGGGAGUCUGGGAACGUCAAAUCCGGACAGUCCGGAAUGUGCUGCAUGCCACUGUGGAUCAAUGCUCAGGGAGAUUGGAUGACUCCUCCCUCAGAACGCUGUUCUAUGAAGCAAUGGCCAUCGUAAACAGUCGGCCUUUAAGCAUUGAUGGAAUCAAUGACCCUCAUUCAUUGGAGCCCUUGACUCCAAAUCACCUCGUCUUAAUGAAGUCUAAGGUUGCUUUACCACCACCUGGAAAGUUUGUGAGGGAAGACUUGUAUGCUGCAAAAAGGUGGCGUAGAGUACAAUACCUGGUUGAGCAGUUCUGGAGCAGGUGGAGAAGAGAAUAUCUCCAGAACAUUUACUUAAGACAGAAGUGGCACGUACCCCGGAGGAAUUUGCAAAUAAACGACGUGGUCAUUAUUAAGGAAGACCUGCUCCCCAGGAACGAGUGGCGUCUUGGACGUGUGAUUGACGUCACAGAAGGAGCUGACGGACUUGUUCGUCGUGUCAAGGUGCGAGUAGGAGAUCAUAACCUACAGGAAAGGAAAGGAAACUACACUUUCAAAACUUCAGUCGUAGAACGACCUAUCCAGAAGUUAGUCUUACUACUGGAAGCUCAGUAACCUCCUUAC